GGCAACAGAAUGUAAACACGGGGCUUAGGGAGUAGUCCUCAGGUAACUGGGGCUACCUGGGCCGCGGAGGAAACCGGAGGAAGGGGAGGAAAACGAGGCGAGUCGGUAGUCUGGUUAGGGGAGAAAGAAGCUUCAUUGGUCGGACUUGUGACCCACUCCUGUGUGGCAGAGUCGGGACACUAAGAAUGGCUUCCUUUGGAUGGAAGAGAAAAAUUGGCGAGAAGGUCUCAAAGGUCACUUCACAGCAGUUUGAAGCUGAAGCUGCUGAUGAGAAGGAUGUAGUUGAGAGUGAUGAAGGGAACUGGCUUAAUGCCAUCAAACGGAGGAAAGAAAUUCUCCUUGAAGGCUGUGCAGAGAAAAGCAAACAGUUGAAGGAUGAGGGAGCCAAUUUGGCUGAAAAUAAAAGAUAUCGGGAGGCAAUUCAGAAGUGGGAUGAAGCGCUUCAGUUAACCCCAAAUGAUGCUACAUUGUAUGAGAUGAAAUCACAGGUCCUAAUGUCUCUUCAUGAAAUGUUCCCAGCGGUGCAUGCAGCGGAAAUGGCUGUCCAGAGAAAUCCACAUUCAUGGGAAUCUUGGCAAACUUUGGGACGUGCUCAGCUUGGACUAGGAGAAAUAGUCUUGGCAAUUCGAAGUUUCCAAGUAGCCCUUCACAUCUAUCCAAUGAACCCUGAAAUAUGGAAAGAAGACCUUUCUUGGGCAAGAACGCUCCAGGAGCAGCAGAAAGUAGCACAGCAGAUUAAAAAGAGUGAAGCAUCAGCAGAAGUAACAGAUUUCUCACCAAAGUCCAUUCCUGACUAUGACUUUGAAAGUGAUGAAAUUGUUGCUGUUUGUGCAGCUAUUGCUGAAAAACAGAAGACAGCUUCAGCAAAUAAAACAAUGGUCAUUGUGUCUGCUUCUGGGACUGUAGAGACUGUAACUGAGAAGGAAGAUGGUGCUGCAACACCUGAUUGCUCUGUCUUUAUCAAAGCCCGAUGAAGGAGUAUACGUAGCAUGAAUUAUUUGACUCUGUCUUUUUGAUUAUCAUCAUUUAAAGUUUUAGACAUAGGGACAUUUAUUCUGGAGAAACGGCAAAAAUCCUGUUUGUAAGAUAAGUUCUUGGAUGAGGCAUAGAAAAACUAAAUGGUAGCAGUAUUGUAAUGUUUGGGCUAUGCUUUGAUAAGUUAUGGUUUAUACUUAAGAUUAGAAGUCUCAGCAAAAUGUUUUUGAUUUAUCAAUUUAAUUUAAUCCAAAUAUAUGAAUGGAUACAUUUUAAAGACACAACUUGAAAAGCGAAUUCUUGGAUAGUAAAUACUGUCAUGGCCAUUGUUAUUAAAAUGUUGACUCAUUGACUUCUGUUUUAUGAUAAAGGAAAUAUGUGAUUGCUUUCUCUCCUAGAAAUGUACUGCUGUUACUAUUCAUUCUAUUUUUCUUGCUUCAUUAGAGUAAGUCUGUCAUGAGGCUUGAAUGUUUUUAAUAUUCAUUUUGAUUCAAAGUUUUCAUUUUGUUAUAUGUGAAAUCUCUGAAAGUUCAGCCAAAAAUGCAUGCAAAUGUGAACAUUCUGAACAUUUUGUGAAAUUUCUCUUAAUUCUGAUCUAUGCUUGUGUUUUUGGCUUUCAAAAAGUUAUUGUAACAAUGGUAGUUCCCUCCUUCAGUAUUUGUUAGAUGUGUGAAGUACUGAUAAAUGUCACAAUGAUGGUUUUAUUUUUAAAAUUAUUACCGUAGGUAGGUUAGUCCUUAACCACAAGUGAAUCAUUUUUUAAAUGUGCAUUUUAAUGAAUGGCUUUUACAGAUACAUCAUAAUAAAUUGUACUGCUACAUUUUCCUAGUCAAAGGAAUAUUUUCUUUUCCUUACUUUUUAAAAGCUUAAAAUCCCUGAAAAUAAUUUAUCUUCUGUAACUUGACAACUGAUGGUUUGGAAUUCCUUUUCUAGCUACCUUUUGGAACUUCUUAAUGAAAUGAGAAAUAUUUACAAUUUUAAGUAGGUAAAUUAUAUCUUUCUAAAAAUAUAACAAGUAGGGAUGUUAUUAUUAGCUUGCUUAUGGAUGAAUAACUUAGGCACGAAAUACAUAAAAACUAAAAUGUGAUUUAUAGUACAAUCCCAUGAGUAGAGAAAGAUAAGGAAAUCAAACAACCACAAUCACAUUCACAAAUCAAUGUUGUCGUUACUACUAUGAAUUAUUAUUUUUGCAUUAUAUAUAUUGCAGUAUAAUUAUAUAGAACUAUUAGACACCCUUCUGACUCAGGAAGAUAUUAAUGGUAUAAAAUUAAUUUUAUUCUUGCUAGAGAUAAAAGUAAGCUAAUUUAUGUUAAGGAUUUUACCUAGCCCUGUUGGAGUGUGUCAGUGGUGGUCUGCAUUUUUAUGAGAAGACUAUUUUAAAUUUUGUUUUAAUGAAAUGCUUUUCUCUUUUUUUUCAGAGUUGGAAAAGACAGCACUUGCCUUGAAAAGUGUUGUAUUUUUCUCUGACGUUAAUUAGAAUGUUAACUCUGGUUAGAGAGAUCAGUUUUAGAGUUUCAGACCAAAAAAGUAAACACUACAUCUAUUUUAUUUAGCUUAAUAAGGAAUAUUCUCAAAGAAGAUAGUUGAGUUUCUAGAAAAGUGAGCUUCCAACAUUUGAUAAUGUUGUUUUGAGUAAUGGAUGUGUGUUUAUUGUGUAAUUUGUGAAUAAAUGUUUUCUUCCUCCA